UGCGAUUCAUUCUGUUGUUUACUUCGGCUUAAACCUCUUGAGGCUCUAGGCUACCGAGGGGUUUCCGUUUGGUCAUAGUAUUUCCGACCUGCAUCAGCGUAUGCAGCGUAUCUCCUCCGGGGCUCCAUCAAGGCCAUCCGCGGACCGCCUCAACGUCGCCUCAAGUUUCGACUUUUACACAACUCUGGUGGCCGGGCUGAAGAGUCAUCAUAGGAAUAUAAAGCGCCUCCAUCCUCUCCCUCACUGUUAUUCAUCUCUUCACCAACCAUCAUCCACCUCGGCCAGCCCGACCACCACUCCCCAUAUAUCCCUCUCCUCUGGCCCCAUACGUCACCGCCAACACCAUAUUCUGGUCAGAACAGACGAUUAGCACGCUCCUCCAUUGCUUUCUCGUCUCAGUAUGGCUCAGAAGCCUUCUGACACUCCCCUAGGGGAGAAUGUCACACACGUUGUCCCAUACCCCAUGGCAAAGCUCCCAUCAGACGGUGAGGGUGAGCUAGAGAACGGCCAAGUUCCUAUCCAGCCUGACCAGAUCCAAUAUGACAUUGACAGGGUCGAGAGAAUAUAUCGCAAACUCGACCUCCGAAUCAUCCCCGCCUUCUGGAUCCUCUACUUCCUCUGCUCCGCCAUCCGCUCCAACAUCGGCAUCGCCCAAACCAUGAACCGCGACGUCCACCACGACUUGAUGUCAGUCUUGGGCAUGACCGCCAAAGACACCUCCACGGCCCUCGCCCUCUUCUACGUCUCCUACGUCAUCUUCGACCUGCCCUCCAACCUGGUCAUGAGCCGACUUUCUCCCCGCGCCUGGAUGGCUAGAAUCGUCUUCGCCGUGGGCCUCAUCGGUACUUGCUUCACGGCAGUCAAAGCCCCCUGGAGCGUCAAGUUCCUCCGCUUCCUGCUCGGCUUCGUGACAGCCGGCAUGUGGCCCGGCAUGUCCUUCUACCUGACGCUCUUCUACCCGCCCAGCCGCACCGGCAAGAGAAUCGGCUAUUAUUUCACCGCAUCGCAGCUGUCAGCGGCUGUGGUCGGCCUGGUGUCGGCCGGGUUCCAGAAGAUGGAUGGGCUACAUGGAUUCACGGGCUUUCAGUGGAUGUUCCUCGUCUACGGAGUGCUGGGCAUCGCGCUGGGCAUCGCUCUGCUCUUUUGGUUGCCGGAUCGGCCGCUGGCUCCGGGCGAGCAGAGAGUUAGACACAAGUGGUUGAGGUGGUUGCCGACGAGCCCGGAGGCCUUGACGGGCGAGGACGCCUUGAUUCAUUACCAGGAUCUCAAGAGGGUGUAUCACUCCAGGCCUUGGAACAUGAAGGAUCUGUGGUAUGUCUUGAUUGACUGGCGUCUGUGGCCCUUGGUGCUCAUGUACUUUGGGGUUGUGGGUGUUGGUAUCGGGACGCAGUUGUAUGGGAGCGUCAUCAUUGCUUCCAUCAACCCGAACUUUAGCGAUAUUACGGUUAGCUUGUUGUUUGCGCCUAUUUGGUUGUGCGACCUCGUCGCUAUCCUCCUCUCCACCGGCCUCGCCGAUCGCUUCCACAAAUACCGCGCCGUCUUCUUCAGCACCGGUGCUCUCAUCCAAAUCGCUGGCCUCCUCACUACUACCUUUGCCCUCGGAAAUGACUGGGCCCGCUACGGUGGCUUGCUCAUGAUCGGCUUCGGUCUCGGUCCCACUGUGCCUGUCUGCAUGGCCUGGACGAACGAGAUCUUCCAGAAGCGCCACCGUGAGGUCGGCGUUGCUGCUGCCUCCGCUCUCGUCUCCGGACUCGGUAACCUGGGCAGUAUCACUACUACCUAUGCCCUCUACACCGGCUGGCCUGAGGAUGCGGCCAAGGGACCUCAUCAGUACCGCAAGAGCAACUACACCAUGAUUGGCAUUCUGGCCAUGAGCAUUGCUAGCAGUAUUGUCCUGACGGUUCUCCUCAGUAUCUUUGGCAUGGAGCCGAGCCAAAGGGUUGUGGCGAGCAGUGGCAGCUCUGCGGAAGAAAUCCAGGACGGUGCUGCGUUGCGCGAGAGGCAGAUGCGUGGGUUUUCGGGGAUGUUGGGGAGGAAGAAGAACUAA